AUGUCGCUGAUGUCUAUCGAUAGCCCUCUUUUGGUGUCCACACCGGUGGAGAGCAAGGUUCCUGUCUUGAGACCGAGGCAGGAUAAUGCUGCUGUGCUGAAGAAUGAGGAUGUGCUGCACCGGGCUGGUGAUUGUUCAAAUUCCAAGAAUAAGAGCGGUGGAGACAAUCCGAGUCGGAAAAAGAAUAACCUCUUUGCAUUGUUGUCAGUAAGUAAUGAAAGUCCAAAGCAAUUGGAAAUAGAUGGCAUCUGCUGUGCAGAGACACAGAGUCCUGAUGGUGAUGUUGCUCCCCUGAGGCUCGGGAUGAAAAAUAUCCCAGAGAAGAAAAAAGGUUUACCAUUGAUUGUGGAAAAUGUGAAUGUCCAUGUCUUGAAAACUGGUGAAGGAAAACGUGAUUUCAAAGAUGGCGGUCCUGGCAAGAAAUUAACUUUCUUUACCCCGGAACAAGCUGGAGGGCAAAAGAAACAUGGACGAGACUCUGAAGGCCAGUUUAGGGAUGAUGUCAUUCAGAGGUUAGACUUUAGACCUAAGGAACUAGAUUCGAGGAUGCGAUUGCAACCAAUGACUGAGACUGCUGAUAAAAAUGGUCCUGAGAAAGAUGAUUCCCAAGGUUUUGAAACCAGCCACAUAUCCAAGGAUGAUAUAUCCUCCUUUAUGACAACACAGAGGAAACUCGAGCUGAAGUCGUGGGGGCUCCCGGAUUCUGUCCUGAGGAAGUAUCAUGAGAAAGGAAUCACAACCAUGUUUGAGUGGCAGGCUGAAUGUCUUGGAAUUCCAACUGUUUUGAAUGGCGGUAACUUGGUGUAUUCUGCCCCGACGAGUGCAGGUAAGACAAUGGUAGCUGAGAUCCUAAUGCUCAAGAGAGUGCUGGAGAUUAAGAAGAAGGCCAUAAUGAUUCUACCGUUCGUAUCGGUCGCGAGAGAAAAGAUGAUCUACCUGCAGAGCAUGUUUCAAGAUGCGAACAUCAAAGUGGAUGGAUUCAUGGGCAGCCAGAGUCCAGCCGGUGGACUGGCAGCGGUCGAUGUAGCUGUUUGUACCAUUGAGAAAGCUAAUGGUCUCAUCAAUCGACUCAUGGAGGCAGGCACUUUGGAUGUCCUUGGCAUUCUCGUUAUUGAUGAAUUGCACAUGGUGGGUGAUGCUAGCAGGGGCUACCUCCUUGAGCUGCUCUUGACCAAAGUCCAGUACAUGAUCAACAGGUUGCAGGCACCAGCAUUGGAUCAGAGCAUUAGUCAGAACCUCAUCCAGAUCAUAGGCAUGAGUGCCACACUGCCUAACCUUGACCUGCUGGCUAAGUGGCUCCACGCAGACCUCUACAAGACUGACUUCAGGCCAGUGCCGUUGACCGAAUGCGUCAAAGUCGGUACAACGAUCUACGAUUCGAAGAUGACGAAGCUGCGUGAGAUUGCGCCCUCUAUGGUGUUUAAGGGUGAUGAUGAUCAUAUCAUACCGCUCUGCCUGGAGACCAUGACUGGCGGACAUGCUGUAUUGAUAUUUUGUCCGACAAAAAACCGCUGUGAAAAGCUUGCCGAGACUAUUGCCAGGGAAUUCUACAAGUUGAACCAAGGAUUUGUGAAAUCUUCAGACUUGAUGUCGGUACAGCUGAACCAGGAAGGUCUAAAGGACGUGAUUGAACAACUGAAGAGAACCCCUGUUGGCCUGGACCAGGUAUUGGGCAGGAUUGUACCCUAUGGGGUGGCGUACCAUCAUGCUGGGUUGACCUUUGAUGAACGAGACAUCAUCGAGGGAGCAUUUCGCCAGGGUGUCCUUCGUGUUCUGAUCGCCACUUCCACUCUAUCCUCCGGCGUGAAUCUACCAGCGAGGCGGGUGCUCAUCAGGACACCCAUAUUCCACGGGAAGGUGAUCGAUAUCCUUGUCUACAAGCAGAUGGUUGGGAGAGCCGGCAGGAAGGGAGUUGAUACUGCAGGAGAGAGCUUUCUUGUGUGUAAAGCCAACGAGAAAGCCAAGGCAACGACGCUGGUCAUGUCAGACUUGAAGCCGGUACAGAGCUGUCUACUCAAGAGAGAUGGAUUGUCAGCAAGCAUGAAGAGAGCUAUUUUAGAGGUUGUGGUAAGUGGAGUUGCCCGGACGCCAGCAGACGUGCUCAGCUAUGCCAACUGUACGAUGCUGGCUGCAUCCUUGGCUACGGAUGAAGGGAACAACCAGGAACAACCCAUACAGGACUGUAUCAAAUUCCUUCAGGAUGCUGAGCUUGUCAGAAUCCAGGAGAUACAGAAUGCAGAUGGCAGCAAAACGAGUGAAUACUUCCCUACUCAGCUCGGCUCGGCAAUCCUUGCCUCGUCCCUCUCCCCUGAUGAAGGUCUCAAGGUGUUUACUGAUCUCCAGAAGGCAAGGAGGAACUUUGUGCUCGAUUCUGAGCUUCACAUUCUGUAUCAGGUGACGCCAAUCUAUGUGAGUGAUAUGUGGGGAGAUAUCGACUGGUAUCAAUACCUUGUCAUGUGGGAAUCCCUCACCCCAAGCAUGAAGAGAGUCGCCGAGCUUGUCGGUGUCCAGGAGAGAUUCCUACACAAGGCCAUCAGUGGGAGGGUGCCUAAGAAGACAGAACAGCAGCUUCGGACUUUGGCUGUUCACUUGAGGUUCUAUACCGCAUUGGUUCUGAAUGAUUUGGUCAAGGAGAUGCCAUUGCCGGUCGUUGGCGAGAAGUAUAAAUGCAACAGAGGGAUGUUGCAAAGUUUACAGCAGUCGGCUGCCACGUUUGCAGGUAUGGUGACCGUGUUUUGCAACCGCCUCGGCUGGCACAACCUUGAGCUCCUCCUCUCCCAGUUCCAGAAUCGGCUGACAUUCGGCGUCCAGCGUGACCUCUGCGACCUGGUGAGAAUAUCACUGCUGAACGGAUUCCGAGCACGCCAUCUCUUCAACGCUGGCUACCAGACUGUUGCUGCCCUCGCCAAUGCAGACUCCGUGCAGAUUGAGUUGAUUUUACGCAAGGCAGUGCCUUUUCAGACGAAGAAGAAGCUGGAAGAUGAAGGGGAAUGGGAGGCUGAACAGAGGAAGAAGUCGCACUGUAUCUGGUUGACGGGACAGAAGGGGUUAACGGAGCACGAGGCAGCCAUUCUAAUCAUAAACGAGGCCAGAGAACUAGUCAAGAAAGAGCUUGGGUUGGCGGAUAUCCAGUGGCAUGCACCAGGCAAACAAAUCGAGAAAAAAUCGAAUUCUGGGAAGGCGAAUUCCUUAGUCACAUCUCCUAUUGGUCCGAAGGAUUCACCGAUUAUGUCGCCACUUUGUCUGUUCCCCAAAGAUGACCUGACAGGAACGCCUCUUGGUUUGACAAAGGUUUAUGAUGGAUCUGAUAAGAUUAAGGCUGGUGGUAGGAAUGUGCCCAAGAGAGGGCGGGUGGAGAAGAGUGGUACUGAUUUAGGUACCACGACAAACCGUGGUGGAGUGUUGGAAAAACAAGUUCUGGCCCAUGCUGCUGAUGCUGAUUUGGUUUCAAGUUCGGUUGGAUCUGAGACAAAGGAAAACAGAGAUCAUGAAGGGAAGUGUUUACAGGCCACUGACAAGUUAGUUUGUGCUGGGCUGGGCAAAGAUUCAGCCCUUACAAAGAGAAUGUUGGAAUUGGGAACGGAUCAACCGAGGUCGAAAGUUGCAGAAAAAUGGCAACGGGAUGAUUCCAAUUCUGAUAAGAGUGGUGUGCUGCCUGGUUCUAGUUCCAGCAAGGCUUGUUCUGAAGUCAAGGUGACUGCUGAUGUCCAUUUGCCCCGUUCUAAUCAUGAAGUCCGAGUUGGUGUCAAAAAGAAUGUGAACUCAACUGGUGUAAACUUAGUCACAACUGACAAGACUUCAACAAGCAUUAGAUCAAAUAGAGUUGGUAAUCACAAAAAGGUGCUACCCAAUGCUAGUCAAGCUGACCAGACUCAAACCAAAGAGAAAUCUCUUCUGGCAAAAAAUGAGAAAAACAUGCCUCUCAUUUCUCCAGAUCUCUGUGCAGGGACCGAGGAGCUUGAUGAUAGCUUUAUUCUGGAUUCCCAGACGGUACGACUGCUUGUGUCAAGUCCGUUUGUAACACAGAGAACUAGGAGUGGCAUGCGUUCAGCAAAGGUACAGAGUCGGGACAGACCGGGAGGUGGGGGUGCAAGCAGUGAGAAGUCUCUCAAGUCUGGGACUCAAGUGAACACAAGAAUGAAACGAUGUGGUAGUGAUGAAAAAAUGGACAUAUCGGAUGCUGUGAUUUCUGUAGAGUCGAGAGAGAAACAUCCUUGUAAGACUGUUCAAACUCGUGAUCCCUUGAACAAGUCAAAAGUGGAGGUUACAGCUACCGGCCGGACAUUAAAAGCUGACACUUCAGUAUUUGGUGACCAGUCCUCUAAACACUCAAAUGACAAAGCAGUAGAUCCAUUGCUUUCGAAAUCUGACGUUGAUACCUUAUGCAAAGAUCUGCCAAACUCAGAGGUUGUAUUUGUCCCAGGUGCAGUGAGUACCCAACUGGAUGGAGAGAAAUGUGGGGUAGCAGUUUUGAAAUCAUCUGCUGAAGGACUAUGUAAUUCUGAUAAACGUGGCCAGAACAAUGCAAAAGGUGUACAGCCAUUGGACACUGAAAGGCUCUUAGAGGUUUCGAAAUCAGUGGUUUCUCCUAAUUCCAUCUCGCCAGUUCAUGCUGCAUCUAGUGAGGCUGGGUCGGGUGAUACUGAUGUUGCUGUGGCAAUGUUCUUUGUUCCACCUGGACAAGAUAGAGCAAAAGACAGUGACGAUGAAAACUUUGAUGAUUUUCUCAACAUGGAUUCGCAGCUUCAGUCGUUCAUGCUUAACUACUGCACCCAGUCUGAUGCAAAAAAGGAGGCCCGUGGUAAUGGUGUCUCGGAAUUGGAAAAAGUGCCCCCAGUUAAAGAGAUUAUGGAAAAAAUUGAUGUAAAUUGCUUCGAAAGCGAGGACAUGUUUGCUGACUUCUCUCCAAAGGCAGACAUGAAAAAUCUUACACAGGAUAGUGCUGCUAAAAAAUUGCAAAAAAGAUGUUCUCCAGAUAAGCUUGUGUUAUUUGAGUCUCAGAGUCAGACUUCGUUUAAGCUUCAUGCAAGUUUUUCCGAGUCCCCUGAUCUGCUGCCCGCUAGUGUUUACGACCGGGAUGCAGGUGGCGACAUUAUUGAAGGGACAGUUGUUGACAAUCUGAAAACAAAUGUUGGGGUGACAAAUUUUGGAAAAAGUGCUCCAACUGUUGCUGUGCAAGACCCAAAAUCUGCUGCUAUAAACAACCAUGAUAUCAAUGAUCUCUUAGGUGGUAUUGACUUUAGUGACUCGCUCUCCAGUGUUCAAAUGUUCAAGAGCCCUGCGGUGUUGCCACUGUCCAAGAAAUCAAGCAAAGAGCAUUUUCAAACGCGUCUGGUGUGUGGACAAAGGUCUCCUGCUGUUGCGGGGCUCUGCACUCAACUGCAACAGGACUUGGCUUUUGCAGAACAGUUUCAAGACUCUGCACUUUCAAUGGUGGAGACCGAAAAUAUCUGUGAUAGGAAAAGUAAUGUCUGUGAUGAUCCUAAACUAGGUGCUCUGAUUCAGGAACACGUUUAUUCAGGUGAUAAUGAAAUUAACAUGAGUGCUGGGACACUCGCAAUUCUUGAUGGAAUGGCUCCAACUCCACAAAAGAUUCGACGCAAACCUCCAAAAAGUCAAAAACUCUCUCGAAGUUCUGAAAAUGUAAGUCCUGUUGAAGGAGCAAGUUGCAUGCCUGUGAAAAGUAGAAAAACAAGUGCUAGAGGAAAGGACGCAAGUUUGAAAUUGAAUUCUAGUAUUCAUGACAAAAGUGGUGACGUUAUUCAGAAAAAUGUGUCCCAACAUGGUCCUAACAUAAACAUGAGUGCGAAAACAAUUGCUAUUCUGGAUGAAAUGGCUGCUACUCCUGAGAAAGUCCGUCGAAAGCCGCCUCCAAAAAGCCAAAAACUUUCGCGACCCGCUAAAAGGAAAAGUCCAGAAGCAUCGGAAGCAAAUCAUACUCCUGCAAAAUAUCGGAGAAAGAGUGCAGGAAAAAGUGAGAUAAGUUUGAAUUUGAGUUCUAGCAUUCAUGAUGAGAGCAAUGAUUUCAUUCCCCCGACGCCUCCAAAGGCUACACCUAAAGGACGCAAUACCCCAAGGGGUAGAAAUACGCCAAAGUCAGCUUCAAAGACCCAGAGAUUCAAGAACAAGCCAGCUAGUAACAGUAGCAACCAGUCAUGUCUGCAAUCUCGGAAAGGUUUGAAUUGUACCGAGGACAUUUGUCAAAAUCAUGGAGUCACAGCUAAAAUAACAAAACCUGGUAAUUGUAAGAGUGCUAAGAAAGACACAGAAUAUGGAGGUACUCCUGAAAUUGGUAUACGUGUUUCAAGCCAGGUUUUGAUCUCGCCAGAUAUAAUGGAAGAAUCCAGUAACAGUCCAGGGUUGAACAGGGCAAUGGAUGAAGCUGAUAUCAUGGACACAUCGGAUGAUCUCAUUCAUGAAGAUGCUUCUCCAAUGCCUGGGAAUAGUUUGCUGACAACUUCAGAGGUUUUCUCACCUUCGAAUAUUCCACAAUCCAGAGAAGAACGGAAUAGAUUUGCACCAACUUCCGAUGCAGACACAUUGCCAUGUACCAACUCGUCUUUCACCAUCAUCGAUGUCGCCUCGGACAAGAAGCUUUUCAAGACGUUCCUGGCCGAGUUGAAGACCAAGAGGUGGUUUGCUGUGUCGCUGGCCUGUGAUAGUGUGCAGACGGACCCUGCCGUCAAGCCUGGGGUUGGGAUUGGUGCUAAGUUUACAAAGUCAAAGAUACAACCGAAAUCCUUCAGCAAGAAUCCAGUUGAUGGUAUUGUGAUGGGAGAGGGUAACCAGGCUGUGGUGGGGAUGUCCUUCUGUUGGGAGAACAGAGAUGCUUACUAUGUCGCUUUCACAGGGACGGCACAGAAAUGUGAUCUGGAUGAGAGCUUGGCCCCACCACCAAUAGCCAGUGACCUACCAGUGUCAUACAGGCUACAGGCUGUGCGAUCCAUCUUAGAAACUCUUUCCAGGACAGCAACUAUUGCUGCAUUUGAUAUAAAAGAGCAGUACAGACUGUUAAGUCAGUAUUGUGGUAUUGUUUUAAAUGGAUGCUACGAAGAUCCCAAAGUCGCUUGUUGGCUGAUGGACCCAGGGGCAAAGGAGAAAAAUCUUCAUGGGAUGGUGACGAAUUAUUUACCAUUUGAGGCAUCAUUACUUGAAGAUAUUGGUGGUGGAUUUGGUACAGGGAGUAUCGGUGUGACAACCCAGAACCCAGGGUCUGGGCGGGUGAGGUCCGCUCUGGAAGUCGUGUUGGUCCAGAAACUGAUGGAGUACUUCAGGCCAAAGCUAAGAGAAGAAGACUUGUACCGUGCUUUCAAAGAUGUUGAGAUGCCGUCUAUGGUGGCCUUAUCCAGGAUGGAACUCAAUGGCUUGGGUUUCAGCCAGGAUGAGUGUGACACACAGAGAACGAUCAUGCAGGCCAAGCUGACGGUGCUGGAAGAUCAGGCCUACACCUUGGCUGGACAUCCCUUCUCCCUCAGUGCGCCUGAAGAUGUCGCACAGGUACUUUUCAUCGAGCUACAACUUCCUCCAAAUGGUGAACCAGAUACGCCCUUCAAACCCCCUGCAAGGGCAAAAGGCGGGAAGCAGAGAGGGAAGCCAAAGUACAGCACUGCCAAAGACAUUCUCCAGAAGCUGAAACCCAUGCACCCUCUCCCUGAAGUGAUCCUAGAGUGGCGCCGAAUCACCAACGCCUUGACCAAGACGGUUUACCCCCUGCAGAAAGAGAAGGUGUAUUCCGCGGCCCUCGACAUGGAGAGGAUCCAUGGGGAUUGUCAGACCCACACAGCCACGGGGAGGGUCUCAUUUGCUGACCCAAACCUGCAGAAUGUUCCCAAGGACUUUGAAAUAGAAAUGCCAGGUAUAAUUGGUGAAAGUCCACCAGCACACUUUUCAGCCAUUGUACCGAGGACUGGUAGAAAGAGGAACAUUGGCUUCAGUUCUGAUCGGCAAGCAUCGAAAGUUACAACAGAUUCUGCUGCUCCUAACUUCUCUGUUAGUAUGCGGCAUGCAUUCAUUCCAUUCAAAGCUGGUGUUCUCCUUGCCGCCGACUACUCCCAGCUCGAGCUGCGCAUGAUUGCCCAUCUCGCCAAGGACAAGAAACUGAUUGCAAUCCUCAAUGAAGGAGGCGACGUCUUCAAACAGAUCACGGCCAAAUGGAAGAAUAAAGAUGUGGAGGAUGUGACACCCGUAGAGAGACAACAGGCAAAGCAGGUCUGCUAUGGCAUGAUCUACGGUAUUGGUGCCAAGGCCUUGGCAGAGCAGCUGGAUGUUGAAGAAAAUGAGGCAGCAGUUUUCAUUGACUCGUUUAAGGCAAAAUACACUGGUGUUAGGUCAUACCUGAGAGAGACUAUUGCAAAAUGUCGGGACCUUGGCUACGUGAAGACAAUCUUGGGAAGACGGCGGUAUUUACCAGGGAUAAAAGAGGCCAAUGUUCACCUUAGAUCCCAUGCAGAGAGACAAGCAGUGAACACAUCGGUUCAGGGGUCAGCGGCUGACCUGGUCAAGAAAGCGAUGGUCAUGAUUGAUAUUGAGUUAGAGAGGGUCUUCCCUUCUACGGUGCGAACACACAGACAUAGGAAUCAUACUGAUCACGAAUCCCAAACUAACAGACGCCAAAGUCAACGAAUCCUCAACAGCCAGCACUCACCAGAGGGCGCAUUCCUGGUCCUUCAGCUUCACGAUGAGUUGAUGUACGAAGUCAAUCAAGGAAAUGUUGAUGAGGUUGCAAGGAUCAUCAAGCACUGUAUGGAAAAUGCACUUGACCUCUCAGUUAGGUUCCCCGUGAAACUAAAAGUUGGCACUUCAUGGGGUCGCCUUGAAGACAUGGAUAUGUAAAUGUUAUUUAUUACUCCCCAUCAACACCAAAGUUUUCCUCAUAAGAGGGAUUAGCUCUGCAAAAUCAGGCCUUUCCAUUCUAUAAUUUUGGAUUCUCUGAUUCUGCUAAUAUUAUUCAAUGGAAUAUUAUGGUCAAGAACAGUAUGACCUUAGAGAAUGAAAAAUCUUGUGAUAUUAUCAUAUUUUUUACCAUUUAUUAUUUAUAUACAUCUAUCAAAAACUGUAUCCCCUGAUGAAAUUGUUCAUGUACU